GAGAGGUGGAAGACGGUACCUCCGUGUGUGACUAUUAGAAGGUUUACUUUAUGUGAAUUUCAGAGUUUUAAUGUAACGGUUCGUAGAACACGUAAAAACCACGUGAAAUGUUUUAUCUCCGCGGCUAAGUUUUAUCAUCAUUGUUUCUUCUUUGUGUGAGCCAUCAACGAAACUUUUUGAGACGUAACCAACCGUCCGGGGAGACAGCUCAACUUUGGGCUGGCGACCUUAUGUGGAUUUUACAGAAAAUAUGGAGCAGAUACCCGUGUUCACCCCGGGAGUGUCGCUAGUCUUUGUCUUCUGCUUCUUACAGCUCUCUCUUGCCCUGCAAUGUGUGGAUGAUAAGGCACCAUGUGUGAACAACGCUACAUGCCUGAAAUUUAGCAACGGGACUGAAUACUGCAGGUGUGCUCCAGGCUUUCUGGGUGAGUACUGCCAGCAUAAAGAUCCCUGUCAGCCUGGCUACUGUCUGAAUGGAGGGAACUGUGCUGUGCCUAUGUCACCUGGUGUGCCUGGACUGGGUAGUGCCACCUGCUCCUGCCCUCUGGGCUUUACUGGACAACAUUGCGAAACUCCCCAGAACUCCACGUGCUUCCCGAACAAUCCCUGUGAUAACAAUGGUGUCUGCGUACUUCUCUCUCUUGACAAGUACAAGUGUGAGUGCCCAAGAGGAUGGACAGGGCCACGCUGUGAGUACAAGGACAGCUGUCUCUCUAGUCCAUGUGCUAAUGGUGGAAAGUGCAGCGCUGCCUCUGGUGGUAGAUACACAUGCUCCUGUCGUCCUGGUUACAAAGGUCCUAGCUGCCUCAAUGAUACAGAUGAAUGUGCAGACACGCCCUCUCUAUGUCAGAAUGAAGGCCGGUGUGUCAACACCCAUGGCUCCUACAAGUGUUUAUGCACCCCUGGAUUUACGGGCCGGCAUUGUGAAAGCUCAUACAUCCCUUGCACACCUUCACCGUGCCUAAAUGGAGGCACCUGCCACCAGUCAUCUGACACCACCUACUCAUGCCACUGCCUUCCUGGUUUCAAUGGAACUAACUGUGAGAACAACAUUGAUGACUGCCCCAAUCACCAGUGUGCCAAUGGAGGAACCUGCAUGGAUGGAGUUAAUACCUACAACUGUCAGUGUCCUCCAGAGUGGACUGGUCAGCACUGCACAGAGGAUGUGGACGAGUGUCGGUUGCAGCCAAAUACUUGCCAGAAUGGAGGUACCUGCAGCAAUCUGCCUGGCAGCUACGUCUGUGUAUGCGUCAAUGGUUGGAGUGGACCUGACUGCUCUGAAAAUAUUAACGACUGUGAUUCAGCUGCAUGCAGCUCCGGUUCCACUUGCAUAGACCGUGUUGCGUCCUUUAUCUGCGUGUGCCCUCAUGGAAAGACAGGCUUGCUCUGCCACCUUGAUGAUGCCUGUAUCAGUAAUCCAUGUAGGGAGGGCUCUCAGUGUGACACCAACCCCAUUACUGGCAUGUUCAACUGUAACUGUCCACCGGGAUAUACUGGAAACACCUGCAACACUGACAGAGAUGAAUGCAGCAUAGCAGGUACCAACCCAUGUGAGCAUGGUGGUCAGUGUGAGAACACUGAUGGUUCCUUCACCUGUAACUGUGUUAGGGGAUAUGCGGGACCACGCUGUGAACAAGAUGUCAACGAAUGUGCUUCAAACCCUUGUAGGAAUGAUGGCACUUGUCUGGAUCGCAUUGGGGAGUACACCUGCAUUUGCAUGCCUGGAUAUGAGGGGACCUUUUGCGAGAUUGAGGUGAAUGAGUGUAUGAGCUCCCCCUGUCUGAACAGGGGCAAAUGUCUGGACCAGGUCAGCAGCUUUGUCUGCGAGUGCCCAGCAGGCUUCAGUGGUGACAUGUGCCAAAUAGACAUAGAUGAGUGUUCCAGCACACCAUGUUUAAAUGGGGCCAAAUGUACUGACCGACCCAACGGAUAUGAUUGUGAAUGUGCUGAAGGCUUCACUGGUCUGCUGUGUGAAGAGAACAUCAAUGAGUGUAUGCCAAGUCCAUGCCACCAUGGUGUGUGUAGGGAUGGUAUCGCCACCUACACUUGUGAGUGUAUACCUGGGUACACAGGCUCCAUCUGUAAUAUCCCGGUCUAUGAGUGCCACAGCAACCCUUGUCAGAACCAAGGACGAUGUAUUGACCUGGUUAAUGCUUACCAUUGUCACUGUCUACCUGGAACCAAAGGUGUGAACUGUGAGAUCAAUGAGGAUGAUUGUGCCAACAACCCCUGUGAACAUGGAGAGUGUCAGGAUGGCAUCAAUGAGUAUAAAUGUGUGUGCGCCCCUGGAUACACAGGUGUUAACUGUGAAGUGGAGAUCAAUGAGUGUAUGUCAAAUCCAUGCUUGAGUGGGGGAACCUGUGUGGACAAAGUCAACACAUUCUACUGCCUUUGCCCGCCCAGCACACAUGGCCCUCUUUGCCACUCUGGUAAAGACCACUGUAUUCGUCAGCCUUGUCAACAUGGAGACUGUAUUGAACAGCAACAUGGAUACCGCUGUGAGUGUCAAGCUGGCUGGAUAGGACAGCACUGCGAACAGGAAAAGGAUGAGUGUCAGUCAAACCCAUGUCAAAAUGGUGGCACCUGUGUGGACCGGCAUGAUGGCUACACCUGUCAGUGUCAGCUUGGCUUUGGAGGUGUGAACUGUGAGAAGAACAUAGAUGAAUGUGCAUCCGGACCUUGUCUAAACCAAGGUUUUUGUAUGGAUGGAGUCAACAGCUACACCUGUGUCUGUAGUCCGCCGUUCACAGGUAAACAUUGUGAGGUGGAACAAGUUCCCUGUGCCUCUCAUCCAUGUGAAAAGGGAGGAGUGUGCAGUCCAACUCCAGAUUACACUUCUUUUACCUGUCGAUGUCUUCCCGGUUGGCAAGGUACACGCUGCACUGAGGAUGUAAAUGAAUGCAGAAACAACCCUUGCAGAAAUGAGGGUCAUUGCAUAAAUAGCGCGGGGAGCUACAUGUGUAAAUGUCAGCCUGGAUACAGUGGACACAACUGUCAGACAAACAUUGACGACUGCUCAUCAAACCCAUGCCUGAAUGGUGGCUCUUGUGUGGACAAGGUUGCGAAUUUCUCCUGUAAAUGUCGACCAGGUUUUGAAGGAGAGCGCUGUGAGACUGAGAUCGAUGAGUGCGCAAGCCAUCCCUGCAGGAACGGUGCCACCUGCCAGGACUACGUCAACAGCUUUGUAUGCAAGUGCCGACCAGGUUUUAAUGGAAUCCUGUGUGAGUACAACAUCCCUGAAUGUACUGGCAGCUCAUGCCUGAAUAAUGGGUCUUGCAUCGAUGGCAUUGGCAAAUUUACCUGCCGCUGUCGUCCAGGUUUUUACGGGGAAUUCUGUGAGUAUGAGCAGAACGAGUGUGACUCUCAGCCCUGUAAGAAUGGAGGCACCUGCACUGAUGGCCUGGGCACCUACCGUUGCACAUGUCCCAUGGGAUUUAGUGGACAGAACUGCCAGAACUAUGUUAACCUGUGCAGUCAGGUGCGCUGCCAGAAUGGUGGUUCCUGCUCACAGACGGCAACUUCCUGGACCUGCCACUGCCAGCCUGGAUGGACUGGACUUUACUGUGAUGUCCCCAACCAAUCCUGCGCGGAUUUUGCUGCCAGGAAUGGUCUGCAGUCGGAGAAUGUGUGCAAGAAUGCUGGACGGUGUAUGGAUGUGGGUAAUUCCCACAAGUGUGUGUGCCAGCCAGGAUACAUGGGCAGCUAUUGUGAAGAGAUGGUUGAUGAGUGCCAGUCAAACCCUUGUCGCAAUGGUGCUACAUGCAAGGAUUAUCAGGGCACAUAUGAAUGUGUAUGUAAACCCGGCUACCAGGGGGUGAACUGUGAGUAUGAUGUUGAUGAAUGCCAAUCUAACCCCUGCCGAAAUGGAGGAACAUGCAUCAACCUUAUCAACCACUUUAAGUGUGUUUGCCCACGUGGAACAUAUGGACUCCAGUGUGAAGUGAACGUGGAUGACUGUGCCCCCAAGCCUGGCUCUUUGGAGCCUCUCUGUAAGAAUGGAGGACAAUGUGAAGAUGGUGUGGGUGGUUACAGGUGUACCUGCCCUCCAGGAUUCACUGGUGACCACUGUGAGGGGGAUCUCAAUGAAUGCAAGUCUCGGCCCUGUCACAGUCACGGCAGCAUCGACUGCAUCCAGUUGGUCAAUGACUACCGGUGCAGCUGUCGCCUUGGAUACACAGGUCGUCAUUGUGAAUCCAUGGUGGAUCUCUGUCUGUCUAGACCAUGUCAUAAUGGUGGCGUCUGCUCUAUGAACAUGAGCUCAGUACUUGGCUACACCUGUUCUUGUUCUCUUGGCUAUACCGGAUUCAACUGUGGGGAAAUGGAGGAUUAUAACUGUGCUAAAGUACAAUGCCAGAAUGGUGGACAAUGUGUGAAGGCAUCGUCUGGCCAGCUGUACUGUCAGUGCAGGCCAAGCUUCAGUGGGCUAUACUGUGAGAAUGAAUGGAGAUGUACAUUGUCCUGCCAAAAUGGAGGAACCUGUGUGAAAGAUUCAGCAUACCCAUACCAGUUAAGCUGCCGCUGUCCACUGUACUUCUCCGGACAAUACUGUGAGAACAAACAAAUGGAUCCAAGUCCCCCAAGCUGUCCCUACCCAGAGUGUGAGCACCAAGCAAGAGAUGACGUAUGUGAUGAUAAGUGUAACAACCAUGAAUGUCAGUGGGACGGAGGAGACUGCUCGCUCAAGUGGAAGCGGCCUUGGGCAAACUGCAAGACCUCGGUUCCCUGCUGGGAUCGCUUUAAGAAUGGACGUUGUGAUAAGGAGUGUGACAACCCUGGGUGCCUUUUUGACAGCUUUGAAUGCAAAGUGACCUCAAACUCCUCCUGCAAGUAUGACAGGUACUGCGCAGACCACUAUGGUAAUAGCUUCUGUGACAAGAGCUGCAAUACAGAGGCUUGUGGUUGGGACGGCCUGGACUGUUCUGACCUUACUCCUGCCAAGUUUGCUAACGGCACUCUGGUUCUUGUUGUCCGACUGCAGCCUAAGGAGCUGCUAGAAGACCUGAGGGGCUUCUUGCGCUACCUAGGAGCUCUGCUGCACACCAAUGUUCAGGUGAAGCUGAACGAAAAUAACGAACCAAUGGUUUUACCUUACUAUAGAAUGGAGGAGGAACAAGGACAACAUGCCCAGAGAAGCAAACGGGAGCUGCACAGGGAGGUUAUUGGCUCUGAGGUGCACCUGGAAAUAGAUAACCGCGAAUGCUCCAAGAGUUCCUCGAACUGUUUUUCAAACACAGAAGAAGUUGCAUCUUUCAUUGCAGCAGCACACAUUAGCGCUGUCCUACCUUACCCUCUAGUGUCUGUUAACAGUGUGCCUACAGUUGGGCCUCCACCACCACCACCACCACCACCACCACCAUUGCUGUAUCUAAUUGGAGUGGCAGUAGUUGUUCUUCUGAUUAUUGUGGUGCUGGGGAUGCUAGCAGCCAAAAGGAAACAUAAAAGUAGUGUCUUGUGGCUGCCUGAUGGCUUCAUGGCUGCUAAAAAUGACAAGAGGAGAGAGCCUGUUGGACAGGAUGAUUUUGACAUGAAGAAUUUCAAGAUUGAUGGAAGCAUGACUGAUGGAAGUCAGAGAUGGUCAGAAGAUGAGGUUCCAUCCAAGAAACCACGAACUGAAGACAAGCCCUUGCUGCCAAUUGCUCUGGAUGGAGGUGUUGAUCGGAGAGAGUGGACCCUGCAGCAUCGUAAAGCUGCUGACAUCACCCUUACUCCUCCGCAGGCUGACCUGGAUGCCGACUGUCUGGAUGUUAAUGUCAAGGGACCUGACGGCUUUACACCUCUGAUGCUGGCAUCAUUGCGUAGUGGAGGCCCAGAGUGCAGCCUGCAUGGAGAAGAGGAGGAAGAGAGUGGAGAUGAACCAGGACCAAGUGUCAUUUCAGAUCUGAUCGCUCAGGGUGCUUCUUUAAUAGCUCAGACUGAUCGUACAGGGGAAACUGCUCUUCAUCUGGCCGCCCGCUAUGCCAGGGCUGACGCCGCGAAGAGACUGCUGGACGCUGGAGCAGAUCCAAAUGCCCACGACAACAUGGGUAGAACUCCACUACAUGCAGCUGUGGCAGCUGAUGCUCAGGGAGUCUUUCAGAUUCUGAUUCGCAAUCGCGCAACAGAACUGGACGCCAGAAUGAAUGACGGCACUACUCCACUGAUCCUGGCAGCCAGGCUGGCUGUGGAGGGCAUGGUGGAAGAGCUGAUCCACUGCCAUGCUGACAUCAAUGCUGUGGACGACCACGGUAAAUCUGCUCUUCACUGGGCAGCUGCAGUUAAUAACGUGGAGGCCACCCUUGUGCUUCUGAAGAAUGGAGCGAAUCGUGACAUGCAAGACAAUAAGGAGGAGACUCCGUUGUUUCUUGCAGCCCGGGAAGGCAGCUUUGAGGCAGCUCAGGUUCUCCUUGAUCACUAUUCCAACCGUGACAUCACUGAUCACCUGGAUCGGCUUCCCCGUGAUACAGCCCAGGAACGCAUGCAUCAUGACAUCGUCCGCCUUCUGGAUCAGUACAAUUUGGUUCACAGUCCACACAAUGGGCCUAAUCACAUGGGUGGAGGAGGAAACUCCUCUGUUAUGUGUGGAGCAAAUGGAGCAGGCUACAUUGGCAUGCGUCCUGGACCACAGGGGAAGAAGAGCAGAAGGGGUGGGGGUGGCACUAAAGUGGGAGGUGUUGGUGGGGGACCCAAGGAAAUGAAAGACAUGAAGUCAAAGAGAAGAAAGAAACCUGCAGGAGGAGAGGGGACAGGAUUAAGUGCUGGAGUGGGAGGAGGAAAUGCAGGAGGUACAUCAGCAGGGAGCACCAAUGGUGUCAAGGCAGCAGGGGGACUUCCAGAGAGCUCUGUCACCAUGUCACCUGUUGACUCCCUGGAAUCACCUCACUCCUACACAGGGGAUGUUUCUGGCACCGUCUCCACCACAGCAAAUUCCCCACCCCUUCUGAGCAGUCCCACCUCCAGACAAAUGCUGCCCCCUGUCAGCCACAUGUUGGGACAGCAGCAGGCCUGGGUGGGCAUGACCAAACAUGGCUACAACAGUCCCAUGUUCGGCCUUGUUUCCCAUCAGAUUGGAGGAUCCCACCAUGGCAUGGCCCAGCACCACAGCCAGGGUUGUGGUGUUGGGCUGACCCCCAUGAAUGUCACCAUGACCAGGGAGCAGCUGCCGCCCAUCGUCACAUUCCAGAUGAUGCCUGCUGGAGCAGGCCAGGCCAUGCUGAAGCAGCCUCAGCAGGGACAGGUGCAAGUCACACAGUCCCAGGGUCAGAACCAGACUCAGAGUCACUCCCAGCAGGGUCCAAGCCACCUCCACUGCCCCCAGGGUAUGAUAUACCAGAUUCCUGAGCAGAUGGGCAUGGCUCAUGGGCUCCCCCACACCCUGCAGCACCCGCAUGCUGUCAACCAUGGAGGCCAUGGAGGGAUUGAGGGCCAGUCUCGGGCACUGCCCUCCUAUCCAGCAAUGCAGAGCCCAGUGGAUAAAUACCCAACACCUCCCUCCCAGCACAGUUACACCACAGCGGGCUCAGAGGGCACGACACCCAGCCACUCUGCCCACCCACCCAGCGAGCACCCGUAUCUCACCCCUUCACCCGAAUCCCCCGACCCUUGGUCUUCCUCCUCACCACACUCCAACUCAGACUGGUCUGAUGUCACCACCAGCCCCACCCCUCUGGGGAACUCCCACCACACACUGCCGUCAUCACACCGCACACACAUUCCAGAGCAGGUGCAACUGCAGCCGCAGUCGCAACAGAUGCAGCAGGCCUCUCAACAACCUCAGCUCGGAAACAUGCAGGUGUUUGCGUAGGCCCUGCCAGAAGAAACAGAAGCCGACUGACUGAGAUUCUGUGACCUUAAACAAAGAAAAAACACACACAGUAAUCCAAUAUCGCUUUUCUCACUUCUCUCUUUAAUUCUUUAUUUUUAUAUAAUAAUCAGUCAUCUCUUACUGUAUGUUAUCUUCUCUUUGGCUUAAGAAGACUGUUUUAUAGUUCUUAAACAUUUUUGAGUAGAGUUCAAAGGUUCUUGACGCCUGAGGCAUGGUGUCAGCCGUCACAAGCUCAAGUUUUUUUUGUUUUUGUUUUUUUUUUUUUUUCCCAAUAUGGUUCUUCUGUGUCCGGUAACGCAUUCUUUGCUUUCUGUCGGCUAGGUCAAGACUUUUUUUUUUUAGAAAACACAAAACAAACUUUUUAUCCAGGGAUCAUCAAGGAACUUCUGACCAGAUGGUGGUCAACUGAUGGUGGUCAGAAAAAUAGACUGCUGAGAUGGACACUGAGAGAGGACUGAGGACUUCCUGCGUUGGGAUUGUCUGUCUUUGUUUUUUUUUGUUUUUUUAAUUUCUGUGCUAAAAAUGAACUGUGUUCAGUGUGAUUAAACCUGCCAGUACUAACUCCCCAUUGAAACCAUUCACUUUACUCUUUUAAUGUAAUGGGUCAUAUUCAGAAGAUACUUUUACUCUCAAAGCAAAACUACCUAUUUGUUGCAUUCUUGCUUUUUAUUCAUGUUUUUAUGGGGCUAAAGAGGAGGCUUACUAAAAGGCUGUCCCAUGAUUAGAACAACACCAGGAAAAAUGUCACAUUAAAAGUAAAUACACACUUAUUACUGCAUGGGUCUACACUUUUUGUGAAAGUUUUGAAAGUGUUUCAGAGUUUUGAUUAAAAGUGACACGUGUUAGAUGUCCCUAUCAGACAUCUGCCUGCACACUUCAAAAGGUCAGAAAAUGGAGUUGAACCUGCACGCUGUAGUUGCAGUCCAUUUAUCAUGCAAUGUUUUGAAGGCACUUAUUGCUAUAGAAAUAACAGAGUUUGUGGUUAUCUCUCUGCAUAUGGUACAGCUAUAUUUGUUGAGUAAUUAAUACUGAAAAUCAUACAUUAGUUUUUACACUCUUUGUUAUUGUUUUGCCACCAGAUUCAGUAUGUUGUAUAUUAAAAUGUUCAUACACGUAGAGCAUAUUCUACUUGUUGACUUUUUUAAAUGUCUGUUUUGUUUUUGUUUUUUUUUGUUUUUUUAUGAAUAUGGUGCACACUUCCUGGAUGAUUCUGAAUCUUACUGAGGCGAACCUUUAAAAUGCUUCUUAUCUAAAUAGUGUUUCUUCCAAAGUUAUCUAACCAGUCUUACAAUCAGUGUGUCUCUGCACUUUGUAAUGGUUAUAAAUCAAGUGUCAAUGCAAGGAUAAAGUUGUCUUCCUUCUUAAGGUUGAGCAGAGUGUUUAUGUGACUGCUAUGUAAAAAUACAGACAAUCGUUCACUGUUUAACUUUUGGAUCUUAAAAAAGAAAGAAAAGCAACAUUAGUGACUCACAUACCAAAUUUCUUUUAUUCAGCCAAAAAAUGUAAAAACUGUGUCCAAAUUCAUCAUUUGUGGUUCUUGUUUGCAAACACUCCAGCUUCCUUUGGAGUUAUACUUGUAGUACCGGCCUAUUCAUUUCCCAGAUACAUGUUUAUAAGUAUGUAGGGACAUUCAGGCAUGAGACUGUUUGUUUGUUUUUUGUUUUUUUAAUGAAUUACAUCAGCUCCAGUGCAUAUACAAGGUUAUGGGGUUAUGUCUAUGUUCUGUAUAUAAUUUUUUUUAAUGUUUACUGUGCUCUUCUUUGUUAACCAGGUAACCCAUAAUAUACAUUCAGUAUGAAGUAGUUACCAUGUUUGAGUGAUGUAGAACUAAUCUGUUGGUUUAAAAAAAAAAAACAAAGAUCAACCAAAAGCUUUGUUGAAAUAAAGCCCAGAUCUUCA